CAGCUUGGUCUACACCCAUGGGCCUCACAAAGGCAAAGCAACUUCCUUCCAGGACAUACCGGCCUCGUUCUGGUGGGCCAUAGUUACAACUGCGGGAGUGGGAUAUGGUGACAUGUACCCCGUUACUAUAGGUGGCAAGAUAGUCGCAGCUGGUCUCAUGUUUGGAUCUUUCCUGUUUGUCGCUUUUCCGGUCACCUUCUUGACUGCGGCGUACACAUCUACAUAUGCGAUGUAUAGGAAAGAAAAGUCGUAUCUAAG